UGGUCGGGGCACCUGGGGGCGGCAGGGCUGUACCCCUUUGUUGCGGCCCGCCUAUGCGGGGUCGAGUUUUGUCCUUCGCCUGUCUUUCCUCUUGUCUCGGAGAAAAGCUUCAGCUUCUCGCGGGCGCGCUCGGAUCCGCUUCUCCCCCUGCUCUGCUGUAGUGCCGGCUUUCAGCAACUUCCUCCUGUAGUUCCAACCUUUUCAAGUUGAGUUUUCCAGCGUGGUCAAGUUCACUGCUGGAGAGUUUUCUUUAUUAUCAGCGCUCCAAAAGUUUUGGAUUUUUUGCGGCCACUUCCCCCCCGUUCCGUGCAAUUUUCAUGACUUCUGAUGUUGUGACUGUUCUUUUUGUGAGAAGUAGUAAACUCGUGAAACCAGUUUCACUUUCAGGUUUUUGCUUUGAAAAUUAGAAAUACCUACUACAAAGCAUAUGGUGAUUAUAGUAAAAAAUUCUGUGUGUGAAAAAGCAAUUUAUUUUAAAAUGUGGCUGGCAACUGUUACAAUUUUUCAAAUCUAAACCUAGUCAAAACUGAAAGCUGCAGGGCAAUCUCUUGUAUUUUAAAUUAAAAUUAUUUUGCACGUUUGAGGACCUGCAUUUACCUAUUUAUUGUAUUCAACAGUUUGAUUUUGACUUAAAAGGAAUGAACUAAGGCUAUGAGAGUCUAAUCUGGAGCCUUCAAUGAGAACUAAAAUAAUAUAUUCCCUUAAGAAGGCAAUAAAACUUGGCAGGUUAAUUGUCCGUACUCAUUUCUUCAGCCUGGGCAUCAUUUUGAGGAAGUGGGUAACGUAGGCUGUAGGAAACUUUGCAGAGGGAUCUUGCUUCCCAGGGACAGUUUAGGUGCUGUUCUUGAGAAUAUGUGGGCUUGUGCACAUGCCGAAAGAUUGCAAACUGGAAGAAUUCUCCUCAUUGUUCCCUAAAGAGCAAGGUGCCCCUGGCAGGAGUGGUAACAUUCAGAGAAGUUCUCUCUUAUUGGCUUUCAUUUCUCUUACCUUCUAAAAUUUGAUUUAAUUUUGCAAGGCUUUUCAUAUCUUCUGCAAACCACUACUGCAUUCCUUCAUUUCUCAGGUAAGUUGGAACACAUUGGGGAUGUGGGAUCCUUUGCUGAACCUGGCUCUGAGUGGAAUGAAUUUAGGUGUUGAAGACUUUGACUUUGGGUUGGUGGUGGUUUGGGGGUUCUUUGCAUUUAAAUUUGUUAUUUCAUUUGGGGGUUUGUUUGUUAAUUUUAACGGUAACACAGUGUUUAAAGUGAAAUAUUUGCCUCUUCCUUUGCCGUACUCCUGUAAAGGCCUUAUAGAAAUGUAAUAGAGUUUGUAACAGAUUUUCAGUUUUAUCAAAACUCAGAUAUUUCACAGAUUAAUCAUCACACCCCCCCCCCCUCCAAAAUUUCCUGCUAAUGUGAUAUAUUUUUUUAUGAAAGAGUCUCCCCUCUUGUGUGAAACCCCCUGGGGAAGAGGCUAUGGACAAAACCAUUGACAAACAGCAGAAACUGGCUUCAGACAAAAUGCUGUCAUACAUAGCAAAUGAAGAGACAGGAAAAAACAUUUCUGUAAUUUUCCAGCAGAGAUUUUACUUAUAAUAAGAGUGGAAGGCACAUUUCCAGAUAGAGACAGAACGUAGUUCACAAGUGGAAAGGAAACACCGAGACUCAUUCGGCAUGUUUGACGGUUAUGAUAGUUGUAGUGAGGACACCAGCAGCAGCUCCAGUUCAGAUGAAAGUGAGGAGGAGGUUGCUCCUUUGCCAUCCAGUCUCCCAAUUAUCAAGAACAACGGGCAAGUUUAUACUUAUCCAGAUGGCAAAUCUGGCAUGGGGUAAACCUCCAACGAAGAAGGCUAAAGUUCUACAAAAACAGCCCUUAGUGGCUAAAUUAGCAGCAUAUGCCCAGUACCAAGCAACUUUACAAAACCAGGCAAAGACAAAAGCAGCAGCUGUCCCUGUGGAAGGUUUCAGCUGGGGUAACUACAUCAAUAGUAAUAGCUUUACAGCAGCUCCUGUUACCUGCUUUAAACACGCACCCAUGGGGACUUGCUGGGGUGAUAUUGCAGAAGGAGUGCGAGUGGAGGUUCCAAACACUGACUGCAGCCUACCUACCAAAGUCUUCUGGAUAGCUGGAAUUGUAAAAUUAGCAGGCUACAAUGCCCUGCUGAGAUAUGAAGGAUUUGAAAAUGAUUCAAGUCUUGACUUCUGGUGCAACAUUUGUGGGUCUGACAUCCACCCAGUUGGUUGGUGUGCAACCAGUGGGAAGCCCUUAGUUCCUCCUCGCAGCAUCCAACACAAAUACACAAACUGGAAAGCUUUUCUAGUGAAACGACUUACUGGUGCCAAAACACUUCCUCCUGACUUUUCUCAGAAGGUGUCUGAGAGUAUGCAGUACCCAUUCAAAACUUCCAUGAGGGUAGAAGUAGUGGACAAGACGCACCUCUGCCGGACAAGAGUGGCAGUGGUGGAUAGUGUUGUUGGGGGCCGCCUGAGAUUGGUGUAUGAAGAGAGUGAGGACAAAACUGAUGACUUCUGGUGCCAUAUGUACAGCCCACUCAUUCAUCAUAUUGGCUGGUCUCGAAGUAUAGGACACAGGUUCAAAAGAUCUGAUAUUACAAAGAAACAGGACGGACAUUUUGAUGCACCCCCACACUUAUUUAUGAAGGUGAAAGAGGUUGAUGCAGCUGGAGAGUGGUUUAAAGAAGGAAUGAAAUUGGAAGCUAUAGACCCCCUAAACCUUUCAGCAAUAUGUGUGGCAACUAUCAGAAAGGUAUUAGCAGAUGGCUAUCUUAUGAUUGGGAUUGAUGGCUCAGAAGCAGCAGAUGGGUCUGAUUGGUUUUGUUACCAUGCCACUUCCCCUUCUAUUUUCCCUGUUGGUUUCUGUGAAAUUAACAUGAUUGAACUAACUCCGCCCAGAGGUACAGGUUAUGCAAAACUCCCUUUUAAAUGGUUUGACUACCUCAGGGAAACUGACUCAAUAGCUGCACCAGUAAAGCUCUUCAAUAAGGAAGUUCCAAACCAUGGGUUUCAUGUUGGCAUGAAACUGGAAGCAGUAGAUCUGAUGGAGCCUCGCCUGGUGUGUGUGGCCACAGUAACACGCAUUAUUCACCGGCUUCUGAGGAUACACUUUGAUGGGUGGGAAGAUGAAUAUGAUCAGUGGGUGGAUUGUGAGUCCCCAGAUCUGUAUCCUGUGGGAUGGUGUCAGCUCACUGGAUACCAGCUCCAGCCUCCAGCGCCACAGUCAUCAAGAGAUAGCCAGUCAAGUUCGUCCAAACAGAAGAAAAAAGCUAAAUCACAACAGUACAAAGGACAUAAGAAAAUGACUUCGUUACAGCUGAAGGAGGAGUUGCUGGAUGGAGAGGAGUACAGCUUCCUGCAGGGAACGUCUGACCAGGAAAGCAACGGCUCCGCCAGCUAUUACAUCAAACAGGAACCCUGAGGCAGCUCCCUGGAGUGAGGGGCACAGCAUCGGUGAUAGGAAAAGAACCUUUCACCAAGACUGACUGAUUCUGUUUCCACUUGGAUGGUGCAGUUCAGGUGACUGUGCCUGGGGCGCUUUGCUAAAUGUAGAUGAAUUAGACUUGGUUCAGAACUUUUUGGAACAGUGUGGAAACUAUUUUAGUGAAAAAGAUUUUUCAAUUUAUUAAAAACAAAAACAAAGGACACUUUUGUGUUGUAUUUGAAGCUUUUGAAAGAAUUUUGUAAUAUUUUCAAGUUCAGAUUUAUUGUGCAUUGUUAACAAGAACUGAAAUUCUAGUUUUUUUGUAAGAUUAAAGUUUAUUUAGCAUGAUUGUGGGAAGCAGUUGGAGGAAGAUAUAGUUGCAAAUACAAAUGAACUGUCAUAACAAAUGAACCUUUUUGGUACAAGUUGGGAGACUGUUGUACUCUUGUGAACUGCACUGGUCACGUCUCUGUUUUUUUAAUUGUGAAAAUAAGGCUUUAAAGCCCCGAUUUAAAGGCAUAAAUUAUAUACGGAAGACAGUCCUGUAAAGCUCUACUCAGUGAGUAGCCCCAAGUGCAACGGAGCCAUCGCCUGAGGAAGAUUUUACAUUUUCAAGGUGUUUUUAUUUAGUUUAAAAUACCCUUUUUGAUAUAAGGUUUUUGGUUUUUUAACAUUUUUAGGGGCUGAUUCAGUGCCCAUUAAUAUCAGUAGCCUUGUCUCCGCCGACUGCAGUGGGCAUUGGAUUGGAUCUAUAAAGCUCUUGUCUGUAUAUGAAUGUCUGUAGUCUUGGAAUGCUUCAGCAAAUGUUUACAGAGCCCUAUACCAAACUGGAACUUCAGAAAAUUCUGUGAUUGGAAGAUUAGUUGUAGCUCUGAAUUUUGACUGAAGAAGCAGCUUAGAUGGACAGUCACUAAGGAUUCGCUUGGUAGUGGGAAGGAACUUGUGAGUAUUCUUGUGAUUUUUUUUUUUUUUCCCCCAUUUAGAAAGCCCUAAAUGUUUCUUUACCAUCUUAAAUAUUUAUAUGUGAUCAUUCAGAUGACGUGCCAUAUGGUUUCAGGUGACCUAAAAGGAGCCCUACAUUGUGGAUUAAAAAUUAGUUCAGUCCUGCAUAACCUGCAGUAUUCAUGUCUUGCUGCAAUAGUGUAACACAGGAGUUGAGAACAGUAUCAAAAUCACAUGGUUUUAGUCUGUAAUUCAGAAACUGGAUUUGCCUAUUGCCUGGAAUUCUUGUCUCAUGUCAAGCAUCCCAUUGCCCCCCAACUGGUCAACUUCCAGAUUUUUACAAGGCAAAAGUCACAUAAAAGGGUGAAAAUGAUGAGCAUUUAAGCACAAAGUAUUUUUGCAGGAGCUUUUAAUAAUUUGGAUUUUAUCUUUCCAUAUUUUAAACUUCUGUACAUUUUUGUAAAUGGAGUUGAUGAGUGAGGUGUUUGAUCAGCCCUGCAGAGCUGUGACUGGAAGAAUGUACAUCAAGAGCUUUAGCUUUUACUGGUAAGGUUCAUUAACUAAACUCUCAGGAAUUAUAAAUUCUGUAAGUGCUUCUGGGUCUUCACAGGUUCCCUUCAGAGCAGUACAAUGAUCAUCUGACUCUUGACCAGAAAUUAAAGCUUAAAAAAAAAAAUUGAUCAAAAAUUAUUAACAUCUGUAUCCUACAGCCUAAGAAAUGUUUUAAGGAUAUCAACCCACAGAGCCCCAGGAGACCAUUUUUUUGUAUAUUGUUGUUUGAGCUUAAAAAAAUAGUGCAUAGAAAGUUGAAAACCAGCAAUUUGAUUAUUUUCUAACAUAUCGCUCCAACUUUGGGUACAUAGCAUUGGUGAUAUACACAGGUUUACCUCAUUCUAUGCAAGGGGGGUUAAUUAUGUAAAGUUUUGUAUUUACUACAGGAAGUAAAGCAUGUGCUGUAUAGUUUAGGAAUGUCUGGAAUUCUUUCCUCCCUUACUGGUAAAAUUUCUUAAAUUACAACCUGUUUUUAACAACAGCUUCUUCUAUUGACAGAAUCUGUUAAUCUGAUUACAAGAAUCUGUUAACUUCAGGUGGUAAAGGCAUUUUAGCUCGCUAAAAUAGCCAUAAAAAGGACUUUGUUGGACCUGGUAGUCUUCAAAUAGCUUAUCUCAGAUUCUGACCCACGAUGUUUAUUUUGAACAUCAAAAUAGACAACAGCCUAGAUUGGAGAACUAGGAUUAGAGACCAUUGUAGUCACAGUUUGAGCCUUGCUUGUUUUCCUGUGUUCUCAAUUUCAUCUGCUGUAAAAUCCAGCUCUGCAAGCAUUGAUUUCAUUUGGUAAGUAUAGCACUAUUGAUUUUUUUUUUUUUAAUGCAACAACUUGCAGGUUAUCACAUCAGCUGGAACAAGAUUCUCACAGUCUUGCUUUCUUCUCUCAUCAACAGCUUCUGACUUCAGUAGAAAAACUGUUGCAUUAAUUAGUGUGUCAUAAUGUAGAGAGAGGGUUGGACUAGUUAAUGAGUGAGGUGCAUUGCCCGGUCACUAAACUGAGUAUUGCCCCAGCUCAUCCCUGAUUUCAGAGUCUAUCUCCAAAUGUCAAGAGGGAAAAUUAGUCCUUAACACACUUCCUGUGUUGGGAGAAUUAUAAGAGUCUGUCCUAAAGUCUGUCAGUCUUUAUAAUAUUCCUUUAUUCAUCAAACACUAAAGUCUGUGAGGUGAUCUAUGUUCUCAGGUACCUGUGUGACUUCAGCAGUUGGUGAAACGCCUUUUGUGUCUCUGGGUUCAUAAUAUGCCUCAGUUGUGUAAUUGUCAAGUACAGUGACAUCUGUGCUAAGCAAACCAUGGAAGGAGCUGCUGGAAGUCACUUGCUGAGGAGCAGCUCAGGAAAAACCUGAGCAAGGUGCUACCAGGGAUGUGGUCCCCAGAGAACCUGAGGGGUGUCCCUGUGGCAGCUCCCUGGCUUUGCAAAGCAUUCCUGUGGCUCUGGGAUGUUUCUCAUGGCUUUCAAGCUGUAGUACCUGCCUGAGGGAGCAGCAAAUGUUGGACACCUAAAACCUUCAAUGGGGUUGGACUAAUGCUGGCAUUGGGCACAGCAGGUUUUUCUGACCAUGAGGCAGCCCAAGCCCUGUCCCUGACUUGGCUGCUGUCCUUCUUGUUCCAGAUCUCUCUGCUGAUCUUUGAUUACAUUAUUUUCAGUAGAACUCUAACCUGUUCCUUGCUGCAUCUGAGGAAAGCUACAGCAGUUACUGAUUCCUUGUUCUAUGGAUGCUAACACGGGUUGCAGUGUUUGUUUUGGGUUUUUUAUUGUUGUUUUCUGUGAUGUGAAUACCCUCCCUCGAUCUUUGUAUGAUGGUGCUAACACAUUUGGUAACAAUCCUUUAUUAGGAAGGGAUUUUUAAAAACUGUGAUUUUAGCUGAAUUUUUCUUCCUUUUGAUUUUUUUUCAUAUUUAAAAUUUAAAGCCACAGCCAUUUAUACAAAAAAGGCAUCAGCUUUGGCCCCUGGAAAAAUGCUGGGGGCAAGAAUCAAGAAUAAACAAAUGGGUUUUUACAUAAUUUCUGUAUGUAUUUGAUAUAUAGAUCAAUAUCUGUACAAAUUUAAUCUUUUAUUUUCUUUGUUAUUUGUGUGGUCAGUGAGGGAGUAUUUAAAGCUUUCUCAUGCAAUGUACAUAACUCAGUGAAAAAAUGCUUUUGGAAAAAUUAAUGUUACUUUCAUUUUUACAAGACUGCGGAUUUUCAGCAUGGAUGUGAAAAGCAUUAAAUCAUAACUUUGUGUACAAGAUAAAAAUAAUUCACUAAAUUUGCCUUUUUUACACAAAAUAAAAAUGAUUAAAAGUC